ACAAUAAAAAGUACUAAAAAAAAAGUUAAUAAAAUUAAAUAUCUAAAGUGAUUAACUGUCUACAGUAGUAGUGAUGAAGCGUAAGCGCAAUAAAACAUGCGCUCAUAAAUUCAUUUUUAACGGUUUAUUUGAAUUUUGAACAAGUACUUAAUAUGUAUUACUUAAUAUUGCGAAAAAAAUAUUGCAUAAAAAUCAAACAAAAUGCUGAUGUUGCUGCUGCAAAGUACUUUUAAUUGCUCAGCAAGCAAACAACAACACUGCCAAAAAAUCAACUCCCAAACGCCAAAUGUACUUACUAAAAAAAAACAAUAAAAAAUGAAUUAAAAAAAAAAUUGAAAACUUAACUUAAAUUAAAUUAAAACACAAUUUUGGAUAGUCAAAUAUACAUACAUACUGUCGUCACGUAAUGAAGACAUUCCCCUGCUUGCCUGCGACGCAUUUACUAUCGUUACCGUUAUCGUUAUCGUUAUCACGAUCAUUAUUUGUAAUUCUAUUUUUACUAUUCAUUGGAGAUCUUAAUUUAUACAAUUUAAUCAAUUUAACAACAACAAAUACAAAUAAAAAUCACAGUUGUUGUAUUGGUAAAGUCUCAGCGGAAGUCUUCACUUUGGGCUAUUUAACGGGUUCACAAAGAAGUCCGGGAAAUUUGGAUUAUCAACGACCAGGUAUUACCAUCUCAGGCGCCAUCACACUCGCCGUCUCCCAAGUGAAUGCUGGCAAAUUGAAGGAGCUCGGUCACUCCAUUGAGUUCAUUGUGGCGGAAACAUAUGGCGAUGAGGUGGCGAGUAUACGCCAAACAGCCUCGCUUUGGACGAGACAAGUAGCCGGUUAUAUUGGACCACAGGAGACGUGUGUACAUGAGGGGCGUAUGGCGGCCGCAUUCAAUUUACCAAUGAUUUCCUAUUAUUGCAUACAUCGGGACACAUCCAAUAAACAAGACUUUCCCACCUUUGCACGCACACGACCGCCUGAUACGCAAAUCUCAAAGUCGGUGGUCUCAUUGCUGUUAGCUUUUAAUUGGACGCAAGUCUCCUUUUUGUAUUUGGACAGUCCACACAGUCCCUACCAUCCGGUCGCUGAGACCAUACAGAAUAUUCUACACAAUGCCGGCGUUAAGGUGCGCGAUGUGGAAACGUGGAAUACGAUCUAUCAUCACGGUUUUAUGGCGAAUCCUUUCGAUGAACUUGUGGAGCGCACCUAUAAAAAUACACGCAUUUAUCUCAUACUUGGCCAUUACUACGAACACGUUGGACUGAUGGUCAGCUUGGAACGGAAAGGCUUAUUGGCUAACGGCGAAUAUUUUGUUGUUGGCAUUGAUAUAGAACAAUAUGAUCCAGCAAAUCCGGAUAAGUAUUUACGCGGAUUACUUUUGGAGAAAAUCGAUUUAAGCGCAGAAGUAGCUUUUCAAUCAUACGUGGGCAUUUUCCCAACAGCAACGGUCUCAUUUGCCAAAUUCGCCAAAGAGGUCAACAAAUAUAUGGAACUGCCACCAUUUAAUUUUCCCAAUCCUUUAGGCUAUUUUGGUGGAGCUAAGCAGAUCAGCGCCGAGGCGGCCUAUCUCUAUGAUGCCGUUCAUUUGUAUGCAAAUGCUUUAAUAAAAGUUUUGAAAGCUGGUGGUAAACCGAAAAAUGGCACUGCUCUCAUUGCGGCCAUAAAAGGUUCAAAAUAUCUAAGCGCCAUGGGCUAUCAUGUGUAUAUCGAUGAGAAUGGUGAUGCCGCAGGCAAUUAUACAGUAUUAGCGCGUGGUUAUGCGCGUAAUAGUAGAAAUAUGACGGUACCGGGUCUAGUGCCGGUGGGAACAUUUAGUCAAACACAAAGUGAUAAAUUACCUGAUCUCAAUUUGUAUGGUAAAAUCCAUUGGGUGAGUCCGCUUGGUCGGCCAGCGGCAGAGCCGAAAUGCGGUUUUGCGGGCGAGCGUUGCAUCAGUUACACUGGUGAAAUAUCAGCGAGCAUUGCUGGCGGUGCUUUGGUGUUGCUCGGGAUUAUCUCAUUGGUUUUAUACCGCAAUUGGCGUUACGAACAGGAGUUGGACAGUUUGUUGUGGAAAAUUGAUUUUCGUGAAGUGCAAAUGCAUGAAAGCGAAAAGGAACAGUCUAGUCAAAAGCAAACAAGGUCCACACAUCCUCUCAUACGCACCAGCCAAGUGAGUUUGAGCUCAAAUCCUGAUGCCGAUUUUCGUUAUACAACAAUUUUUACACCCAUUGGACUCUACAAGGGCCAAUUGUAUGCCAUUAAAAAAGUACGAAAGAAAUCCGUGGAUAUAACGCGUGAAAUGAAAAAGGAAUUGAAAUUGCUUCGCGAUACACGACAUGACAAUAUAUGUGCCUUCAUUGGUGCUUGCACAGAUCCACCGAAUAUUUGCAUCAUCACAGAAUAUUGCACCAGAGGCAGCUUAAAGGAUAUAUUGGAGAAUGAGGAUGUCAAGUUGGACAACAUGUUUAUCGCCUCAAUGGUUGCGGACAUCAUACGCGGUGUCAUCUACUUACAUGAAUCGCCCAUUCGCUUUCACGGUUCAUUGUGCACCUCCAAUUGCCUCGUCGAUUCACGCUGGGUUGUUAAACUGACCGAUUUCGGUUUGUUCGCCUUCAAAAAGGGCAUGGAGGACAAUUCAACGGAAGUGCCAAACAUGACAGUUAAGUGUACAAAGCUACUUUACCGCGCACCCGAACUACUACGACUUGGCGCUGCAUCGCUCGUGACGGGCACACAAAAGGGUGACUCGUAUUCCUUUGGCAUCUUGCUCUAUGAAAUACACACACGACACGGUCCUUUCGGUGAAACUGGCCUCACACCCAUGCAAUGUCUACAAAAGGUACUCCAACCACAAGAUCAUCUUUAUCCUUAUCGGCCCUCUUUGCAACCACUGGAGACCUCCUUCGAUUGUGUACGCGAAAUAUUGCGUGAAUGUUGGUCCGAGCGGCCGGAAGAGCGUCCCGAUUUUAAGACGAUACGUGCCAAAUUACGUCCGCUACGUAAGGGUAUGAAACCGAAUAUAUUUGACAAUAUGAUGGCUAUGAUGGAGAAGUAUGCGAAUAAUUUGGAAGCUUUGGUCGACGAGCGCACCGAUCAGUUGCAAGAGGAAAAGAAGAAGACUGAUGCAUUGUUAUUGGAGAUGCUGCCACGUCCGGUGGCAGAGCAAUUGAAGAAGGGCAAUAAAGUGGAUCCGGAGAGUUAUGAGCAUGUGUCGAUAUAUUUUAGUGAUAUUGUGGGCUUUACCGCGAUGUCGGCGGAGAGCACACCAUUGCAGGUGGUAGACUUCUUGAAUGAUUUAUACACGUGCUUUGAUUCGAUCAUCGGGCACUAUGAUGUCUACAAGGUGGAAACCAUUGGAGAUGCUUAUAUGGUGGUCUCUGGUCUACCAAUCCGCAAUGGUGAUUUGCACGCCGCCGAAAUCGCUUCGAUGUCCCUCCAUCUACUCAGCGCGGUGUCUGAAUUCAAGAUACGACACCGACCCACCAACAAACUAUUACUACGCAUCGGCAUACACACAGGACCGGUAUGCGCCGGUGUGGUGGGCUUGAAAAUGCCACGUUACUGCCUGUUCGGCGACACAGUGAACACCGCCUCGCGUAUGGAAUCAAGCGGUGUACCAUUGAAGAUACACUGCAGUGAACAGUGUCGCGAAUUGCUGGAGAAACUCGGUGGCUAUCACUGCCAGGAACGUGGUAUGAUAACAAUGAAGGGUAAGGGCGAUCAACGCACCUACUGGUUGCUGGGUGAGGAUGAGGAUGCGCGUAAUAAACGCAACUAUGAACGUUCACAACGACGCGGCUCGCGUGCGCUCAACAAAUUCAUACAAGGCACUAUCAAACAGAAUAGUCAACAGCAGACGACAUCGGCGGUGGUGGAUUAUGGCAUACGUUCGUCGUUGAAGAAUAAGGGUAUGCCGCGGAAUUCGUUGACACGCUCCUCCAGCUUGGAGUCGCCGAAGAAGCUACGUUUUGCAACUGGCAGUUUGCUCGAACAUCAUCGCUAUCACAGUGAUGAGGCACUACUGGAGGUUAUCACCGACUCAUACACUGGCGUACGCCGCUCCUCAGGCGGUUCGACACACUCCCGGUAUGAGGAAUCGACGUUAUCGUGUGGUAGCAAUGAAGAGCUCACCAGUUGGCAGCGUCAGCGGCGACCCUCCUCAUAUCCCACAGCCAAUACGCCGCUGCUACUCAAUCAUGUAGAGACCUGACAGCGGGUGAAGGACGAGUGAGUGCAGCUGCUACCUGCUGUAGGCGUGGCAUAUUACGGCAGGCCGAGAGAGUAAUCAAAUACAGGAAUUUAUUAGACUAUUUCGACUAUUAGCGUAUUCAAAGAGAAGUUAAGAGAAAAAGUAGUUGAAUUAUUUUUUUUCUUUUCAAUUAUUUUGCAUUUCUCAUGUGUAGGCAAUUUCAAAAAAUAUAAUAAUACAAAUUUAAUAAUUAAUUAAAAAUCUUAUAAAUAACGGUAUUACUAACUGUAACUAUUUAUGUUUGUACUUAGUAAUGCUUUUUGCCGGCAGCGUCUGCGCGAAAAACAUGAAAAAAAAAAUUGGUUUUGAAAACUUUUGUGAUUCAGCAUCUACAAAUGAAUUU